AUGUUUAAAAAUCCAAAUCAGUUUGAAGACGACGUUAUUGCUGCUACCAAUGAGACUCUCACUAAGGAAAACUGGGAACUUAUAACUACAUUAUGUGAAAAGGUUGAGCAAGGUGGAGAGCAAGGUGCUCGCGACUGUGUAGCUGCAAUUCAAAAACGUUUGCUUCAUAGAAACCCCAAUGUUCAAGGCUAUGCUUUAACGCUAUCCAAUUCCCUUGUCAAAAUGUGUAGUAUUAACGUGCAUAAGGAGAUAUCUUCUCGUGCGUUUACACAAACUUUGACUCGUAUAUUACAGGACAAGAGUACACAUGGGACUGUAAAAGAUCGAAUACUUGAUUUAAUUCAAGAAUGGAGCAAUGAAUUCCGUUCAGACGAUACCUUGAGCCUUAUGGAAGAGACUAUGAAUAAUUUGCGAUCACAAGGCUUUCAUUUCCCUUCACCAGAAAAACCCAAAAAGGAAUUAAGCGAAUAUGAACUUGAAAAACAAAAGAAAGAGGAGGAAGAACAGGUCCAAUUGGCUAUGGCAAUUUCCCUUUCUGAAAGAAGUGGAUCACGAAAUAAUACCACAGCCUCUUUCACCACCACCUCCACCACCACCAUCGCAACCCCGUCUGAGCCUGCAUCACAAAAUAAGGAUUUACCCCAUACACCCAGCGUCUCUAAAGUCAAAGCACUAUAUGAUUUUGUUCCUACAGAAUCGGGCGAACUUGGUUUUUCCCGCGGUGAUGUUAUUACAGUUUUAGAUAGUGUAUAUAAGGAUUGGUGGCGUGGAGAGCUACAUGGUAAAACGGGUAUAUUUCCCGUUAAUUAUGUGGAAAAGCUUCCAGAACCAACCGCUGCAGACAUUGCGAGAGAGGCAGAAUUGGAAGCAGCCAUUUUUGCCGAGGGACGAAAUAUUGAUCAAUUAUUAGAAAUGUUGGCAGGACUUGAUCCCACAAGAGAUAGUGUCACAGAGAACGAAGUUAUUCAGAAUUUAUAUAACAAUACGUUACCAGUUCGGCCAAAAUUAAUGAAAUUAAUCGAGAAAUAUAGUCAAAAGAAAGAUGACCUCAUCGCAUUAAAUAAAAAAUUCAUAGAGGCUACUAAAACAUAUGACAGACUUAUGGCUGAGUCAUUAAAAAAAUAUGACGCAUAUAUCAACCCAACGCCUGCCCCACCUCAAUUUAAUUUUCCACCAGUGACAACCGGUUAUACACCUGCUCAGAAUUAUCCUGUUGGAUAUGACUCUGCUGCCGCGUAUGGCUAUUAUAACCCGCAACAACAUUUCAAUCAGAUACAACAACCUGCUUAUCAAGCACCACACCAUCCUCAACAAUAUCCUCCUCAAAUUCAACAGGAAGUUGUGGGACAUCUUAAUGCUUAUCAACAAUCACAAUUUCAACCCCAACAGGACAAUGGAAUAAGUCAACAACAACAGCCUGCCUAUCAGGCAACACAGCAUCCUCAACAAUAUCCUCCCCAAGUUCAACAGGAAGUUGUGGGGCAACAUGGUGCUUACCAACAAUCACAAGCACAAUCACAAGCACAAUAUCCUCCCGCUCAACCUCAAAAGGAUAAUGAAAAACAUCAACAGCAACCUACUUACCAAACACCGCAUCCUCAACAAUAUACUUCUCAAAUUCAACAGGAUGCUAUGGGACAAUUCAGUGCCUACCAAGCAAAUCAGCAGCAAAAUCAACAAUCAUCUAAUUAUUCGACACAGCAGGUACCGUUAUAUCCACCUCAAGUUCAACAGGAUGCAAGUACUUAUCAACAGUUGCACCAACAACAAGAAGCACAACAGUCACAGCAACAAAUCCCUCCGAAUUUUUCUACCUCAGAUAAUAAUAUGCUAAAUCCAACUAUACAACCUCAACAACCUCAACAACCUCAACAACCACAGCAACAACAGCCUCAACAACUACAGCAACAACAGCCUCAACAACUACAGCAACAACAGCCUCAACAACUACAGCAACAACAGCCUCAACAACUACAGCAACAACAGCCUCAACAAUUACAGCAGCAACAGCCUCAACAACUACAGCAACAACAUCAGCAGCAACAGCAACCAUACUCUCAGCCACCAAUUCAAUACUUAUCACUGGACGGGUCUGGUGGCUAUCAAUCCCAACCUUCAACUUCUAAUACUCAACCUCCAAAUUCCACUAAUAGCAAUAAUAUGUACUCAAGUAAUAAUGAUAUUACCCAAUAUCCACCACCUACUACAGAUCAACAACUACCACAAAUACAUCCUUCCUCACAACAACCAAUAUCAUUAGCACAAAUAUCACAGCAUAUUCAAGCACAAUCAAAUUUCCCUCCUACACAGCAGCAACAACAAUAUCAACAACAAAAUCCAUACUUUAAUCAGCCAGAUGAAUUACAAGUACCACAAGGUGCAUCAGCUUCCUACAGUACUCCCGUUAAUGUCAACAUGUAA